AACCGCCUCCCGGGCCAGGCAAGCGGGCGGGUGGCUGGGGCGCCUCCACCUCCUCUUCCUAAAGCGGCGAGGCGCAGAGGAGCGGCAUCACUCGAGCCCAGGUCCCAGCCACCGCCACUCACAGCGCCCCGCAUUCAGGAAGAGGAGCAGCAGCGGAGGCGGCGGCAAAAGCGGCGGGCGGGCGCCAGAAAGGCCCUGAUCGAAAAGCCUGGGAGGGCCGCCGAGCUACCCCCGGAGGAGGAGCCAGUCCGAACCCAAAGCGCCACCGCCGCAGAAGCAGAGCGGAGCAGCAGUCGCCUUCAUGGCCCACUCACCGGUGGCUGUCCAAGUGCCUGGGAUGCAGAAUAAUAUAGCUGAUCCAGAAGAACUGUUCACAAAAUUAGAACGCAUUGGGAAAGGUUCAUUUGGAGAAGUUUUCAAAGGAAUUGAUAAUCGCACCCAGCAAGUGGUUGCUAUUAAAAUCAUAGACCUCGAGGAAGCUGAAGAUGAAAUAGAAGACAUUCAGCAAGAAAUAACUGUUUUGAGUCAGUGUGACAGCUCAUAUGUAACAAAAUACUAUGGGUCAUAUUUAAAGGGUUCAAAAUUAUGGAUAAUAAUGGAAUACCUAGGUGGUGGCUCAGCACUGGAUCUUCUUCGAGCUGGUCCAUUUGAUGAGUUCCAGAUCGCUACCAUGCUAAAGGAAAUUUUAAAAGGUCUGGACUAUCUGCAUUCAGAAAAGAAAAUUCACCGAGACAUAAAAGCUGCCAAUGUCUUGCUCUCAGAACAAGGAGAUGUUAAACUUGCUGACUUUGGAGUUGCUGGCCAGCUGACAGAUACACAAAUUAAAAGAAAUACCUUUGUUGGAACUCCAUUUUGGAUGGCCCCUGAGGUUAUUCAACAGUCAGCUUAUGACUCAAAAGCUGAUAUUUGGUCAUUGGGAAUUACUGCUAUUGAACUAGCCAAAGGAGAGCCACCUAAUUCUGAUAUGCAUCCAAUGAGAGUUCUGUUUCUUAUUCCAAAAAACAAUCCUCCAACACUUAUUGGAGACUUUACUAAGUCUUUUAAGGAGUUUAUUGAUGCUUGCCUGAACAAAGAUCCAUCAUUCCGUCCUACAGCAAAAGAACUUCUGAAACACAAAUUCAUUGUAAAAAAUUCAAAGAAGACUUCUUAUCUGACUGAACUGAUAGAUCGAUUUAAGAGAUGGAAGGCAGAAGGGCACAGUGAUGAUGAAUCUGAUUCCGAGGGCUCUGAUUCGGAAUCCACCAGCAGGGAAAAUAAUGCUCAUCCUGAAUGGAGCUUUACUACAGUGCGAAAGAAGCCUGAUCCAAAAAAACUACAGAAUGGAGCAGAGCAAGAUUUUGUGCAAACACUGAGCUGCUUGUCUAUGAUAAUCACACCCGUGUUUGCUGAACUUAAACAGCAGGAUGAGAAUAAUGCUAGCAGGAAUCAGGCAAUUGAAGAACUUGAGAAAAGUAUUGCUGUGGCUGAAGCUGCCUGUCCUGGCAUCACAGAUAAAAUGGUGAAGAAAUUAAUUGAAAAAUUUCAAAAGUGUUCAGCAGAUGAAUCCCCCUAAGAAAUUAAUUAUUGGCUUCUGUUUCGUAUGGACCUAGAGAAACCCACCAAAGCUAUUUCAAGUUUAGCGAUGCUUAAUUCAUGAGCUCCGUGUGCCUUUUGGAUCUUUGCAACAUUGAAGAUUUGGAAGAAGCUGUUCAACUAUUUUGUGAUGGCGUUUAUCAUUUUAUAUUUUAAAGAGAUUAUUUUGUAAGGAGUAACUUUUAAUACUAUAGUUUUGCCUGUAUUCUAGUAAAUGUUGAGACACAGUUUUGCUUUUAGGUAUCAUUAUUUUUUAAGCUACUAGGAUGAAUACUUUUGUGUUUUGAUCUUUAGUUAACUGUAUACUCAUGAAACAUACAGGUCUUUCAAAGUCACUCUAAAUAUUCAACUUUCAUAAAUCAUCAGGCUUCAUAAAGCUUUUAUUUAACAAAACACAAGUAUAUUCUAAAAAUGACUAUUGGUGGGGAGGUGGAAAUAAAUUAUGCCUUGUUAAAACAGAAGUUUUUAAUAAGCUCUUGGAAAUGAAACCUGAAAAGUAUUGACUCUUCUACCAAGUUGGUAUGAUAUUCCAUGCAGCUCAAUGAUUAUCACAUUUGAGAGCCCUGUGUUUGGAGCAUCGACAGGCAACAUGUAGAAACAAAGGUACCUCUUGGUGUGCAGUAUUUACCGUCUCUUUUAGAUAAAAGAGGCAGUUAACCCUUAUUUAAUGUGGUUAGAAAUUUAAAGCAAGAUCAUUUAGCUAAAAAUGGGUUUUUGGUAAUACUGGGGGAGUGAGUCUGGCUUCAUUUUUAAAUCUUCAGCUCAAAUUGCAUACUCAUAUGCUUGAAUGUGGAGCGCUUAAAAAUAAAGCUGAUUGUCAUGUGAUUAAAUACCUGGUCAACAGGUAUGAGUAUAACUUAUACCAGCAUAUUUUUGUCAUAGUAGUGAAUUGUCCUUUAAACUAUUUAUACAGUUUUGGUCUUCAUAAUUAGCAGUGCACAUCAGUAGUUCAUUUUGAAAGGGUAUUUAAAUGAGCAGUUUUUAGUUCAUAUGAAAAUAACCAUAGUACAGGAUUUCUGUCUAUACAAAGGUAAGUUAGAUUGUAUAGUUAAUUUUCAGUUAUAUUUAUGGUACUAUUAAGUGGGUAAUACCUUUUUCUUUUAAACCCAGUAUAUAUAUUGUGCCUGUCUCAGUUCUGAACUGGGGCUUUAUUUCAGUAGUUGUAGAAUUAUUGACAUUCAUUAGUCUUGAUAAUUAAUGUUUUAUUGUUUGGAUCUGCACAACUUAGGUUUUGCACAAAAGUCAUUUCAAAAAGUCUAAAUAAUUGCCAAAUAGUAGAAGAAAUAUAUUCUUUAAGUAAAGAAAAACAGUUUUUAGUCGAAGUGGCCAUUGCAUUGUCUUUUUAAACAUAAUAUAUACAUACUUGAGAAAGUUGUGUUGUUAUAUGCCAAGAAAAUUCUUUUCAUUAGUGCCUAUACUGUAACAAUUACUUUUAAUGCAUUGUAAUUUGAAGUAAUGGUUCAGUUAAAAUUUUCACCUGCUAUGUAACUGAAGCUCAAUUACAGUUUAUAAUCUGUAGUGGUCUGGAAAUAAUUUUGCAACUCGUGUCGUGGAGUAAAUGAAUAUUUUUGUAAAAGUAAAAGUGACAAAUUUAUAAAUUGGUUAUUUGAAACUUUGCAACACAAAUGCUUCCCACAUACAAGUUGUAUUGCUUACUCAAUAUUGUUAUUAGUCCUGUAAACUGUUUCUAGAUGAAGCAUACUCCAGUGUUUUGGGAGGUCCAAAAAUAAAUGUUUAAAUUUCAUGGUC